AUGCCGGAGAUGCAUCUGAUGGACAUGGACAUGCCGAUGCUGGCGCAAGCAGCGCUCGCGCACUCGCUGGCGCAGCAUCCCGCGGACUUGUCCGCGAGCUCGGGCAACGAAGCGUCGCCGUCGAGGCGGGCAGGGGGAGAGGCGGCGGGGUCCAUCCCACCCAUUCCCACCCCUCCCGCACCCCUCUCUCCACUCAACAUGCCCCUGGCGGGCGCGCCGGUUCCCCCAAGAGAGUCCCGCUCCGCCCACCGCAGCAGAUCGCGGGAGAAGGCGCGGGGGCACGGGGGGCACGGCGCGCACGGGGGGAGGCAGUGCCAGCGCAGCAUGAGUCACGACGAGGGGCAGCUGAACGGGUGGGCGGGCGGGGAGGGGGAAGCGGGGGAGGACGAGGAGGAGGGGGAGGACGAGGAGGGGGAGUGGGGGGAGGCGGAGGAGCAGGUGCGCGAGAAGCUGGCGCGCAUUGAGGAGAAGCUGGCGCGGCUGCGCGCCAAGCGGCAGCAGUACGUGGCAAGGCUGCAGCGCGUGCAGGCCAAGAAGGAGAAGGUCGCCGGACCCAUCCAACAGUGGCUCCGCCCGCCCCCGCGCCUGCAGCAGUAG